GGUUCUAGUAUUACAGAACUACAGUAACACAAUCGGGAAGACGACACUUGUUAUCACAGAUCUACAUACACUUACCUAAUAACAACCAUAUUCACUCGUUGCCUUGUAAUAACAACCUGUUUAAUAUUGUUAUUUAUACAAAAUAUAUAGCCGGACAUGAUAGCCGUGUAUGUGAUAGCUGUAGUGAUCUGCAUGUCCGAGGCAGAAAAAUGUUUUCAGGAAAAGGAGGCAAAACUCAUCAACGGAAUAAAAGCGUCUUUAAAAACGAUGCAAACGAACAUGAAGGGUGUACAUCAAAUGGUAGAAAAACUUGAAGUUAAUAUCAAAGAGAAAUCAAACAUUUGCAAAAAAGGAUGGAAAGAAUAUAAAGAUCAUUGCUACAUUUAUCAAAAAGUCAAAAAGUCAUGGCGGAUGGCAGAGAAGCAAUGUCGGACAAUGGGAGGAUAUCUUGUUAAGAUAGAAGAUGUUUCAGAACAGAAUUGGGUAGUGAAAAAUGUAAAAGAUGGCAAGCUUGGUUCAACAUGGCUCGGAGCUUCAGAUGCUGGGAAGCAAGACUGGAGAUGGGCAUUUGAUUUGUCUAAAGUUACAUAUAGUCUUUGGAACCGAGGUCAACCCGAUAACGGCGGAAAUGUUGAAGGUUGCUUGGAGCUUCGAUCUGUAUUUGGGUAUAAAUGGAAUGACAUUCCUUGUUCUACUAUUAACUCCUACGUUUGUGAAAGUCAACAGGGAGUAUCAUGUCAGCCAUAUUCAAAAUUGUUAGUGAAGAGAUAAAACCUUUAAUGAAUGCUAUCAGAGAUUGAUGAAUGAUUUCUGUCUGAUAUCUUAAUAAAUAAAAUUUGAAAUA